AAACGGGGAACUGGGUAUCCGCUACCGCAGCCGCUGUUUCGAUGCAUGCGUUAAUACGAUAUAUCUCGGGACCGUUUCCUCCCUUAAUUCCCCCCCUCUUCGUCUCCUCCCCUCGUCUCCUCUGAAACCCUAGAAAUCAGAACAAAAGAGAAAAAAAUCGAAGAAAAAAUUUCCCCUCCUCGCUAUUUAUUUAAUCAACCCCUUCUACAUUUUCGGAUCGAUCUCUGAUUCUGUUCCGUUGCUUCGCCGUUUUUUCAUCUUUUUGUUGGUUUUUGAGCGCGAUGGGUGUCGAUCUCAGCUACUUUUUCGGUGUUGUUGCGGCGCCCGUUGUUUCUUUUGGUCUCGGGUGAUUUUGCCAUCCUCUAGGGCGAUCAAAGGAGGGGCUUUUCCUCGGUUUACAUUUCUUUUUUUAUUAUUAUUUUGGAUUCUGCGGCUAGGGUUUGGAUUUUUAAGGUGCGGAAUCUCUGAUCGCGGUGAUGGAGCCUCGCGUCGGCAGCAAGUUCCGCCUCGGUCGCAAGAUCGGGAGCGGCUCGUUUGGUGAGAUCUAUCUAGGUACUAAUAUUCAGACCAAUGAAGAUGUCGCGAUUAAGCUUGAAAAUGUGAAGACGAAGCAUCCCCAAUUGCUAUAUGAAUCAAAGCUUUACAAGAUUCUACUAGGAGGAACUGGAAUUCCAAACGUCAGAUGGUUUGGUGUUGAAGGGGACUAUAAUGUCCUUGUCAUGGACCUACUAGGGCCGAGUCUUGAAGAUCUUUUCAACUUUUGUAGCAGAAAGCUGUCUUUAAAGACUGUUCUGAUGCUUGCCGACCAGAUGAUCAAUCGAGUGGAGUUUGUUCAUUCCAAAUCAUUUCUCCAUCGAGACAUCAAGCCAGAUAAUUUUCUUAUGGGUCUUGGAAGGAGAGCUAAUCAGGUCUACAUGAUAGAUUUUGGCCUGGCCAAGAAGUACAGGGAUACUACAACGCACCAGCAUAUUCCAUAUAGAGAGAACAAAAAUUUAACCGGGACGGCGAGAUAUGCAAGUGUCAAUACGCAUCUUGGCAUUGAACAAAGCCGGAGGGACGAUUUGGAAUCUCUUGGUUAUGUACUUAUGUACUUCCUAAGAGGAAGCCUUCCAUGGCAGGGCCUAAAAGCCGGAACCAAAAAGCAGAAGUAUGAAAAAAUUAGUGAAAGAAAAGUUGCGACUUCAAUUGAGGCUUUAUGUCGUGGAUAUCCUUCUGAAUUUGCAUCAUAUUUUCACUACUGUCGUUCCCUGCGGUUUGAUGAUAAGCCAGAUUAUCCAUACCUUAAAAGAUUGUUCAGGGACCUUUUCAUCCGCGAGGGAUUUCAGUUUGAUUAUGUAUUUGACUGGACGAUUCUGAAGUAUCAGCAGUCACAGAUUGCUAGUGCUCCUCAGCGUGUUCAUGGUACUGGGGCUGGACAAAGCUCUGGCAUGGCUCCCGCCGUGGUGAAUGAGAGGCAAUCAGGUGGUGAAGAAGGUAGGACAAGUGGUUGGGCAGCAAUGGAUCCUUCUCGUCGGCGGGCCCCACUUCCAGUAGUUAAUACAGGCAGCUCGUCCAAGCAGAAGAGUCCUGUGGGGAAUGAUCCAUCUGCUUCUAAAGAUGCCAUGCUAUCCAGUGCGACUUUCUUGGGACGGCCAAGCGGAUCCUCAAGGCGAGCUGCUGUUUCUAGCAGCCGGGACGCCUUUCCCACUGACUCUGACCCCUCACGAACCCGAAUGACGGACGCAAGCCCUGGGGCUUUACGGAUGGUUUCCGCUUCUCAGGGGAGCUCACCUUUCGGCCCUGCUGAGUCCCGGCACAUCUCUUCUGGGAGGCACCCAUCUAAUGUCAAGAGCUAUGAGUCGACCUUGAAAGGCAUUGAAGGCCUUAGUUUCGACCACAACGAGAGGCUCCACUACUAAGUACGCGGCAAAUGCUAUAUGCACCCUGUAAAAAAAGAAAAAAAGGAAAAAAAGAGAAAAGAAUUAGUAAUGUAGAGGACAGGAUAUGGUCUGUAUGUUUCUUUCAUCCCCGUUCAUUCCCCUUCAGUUGUGAACGACGGGAGCAAAAGAAAAGGGUGGGCCUGAAGAGGCGCCUUUCAACUUCCUUUUUUUUUUUUAACAAAAAAAACUGAGUCAUGGGUCUGUAAAUUGUGAUGGGUGGUCUGUGGAUGGGCUCCUCUUUCAUGUCUUUUGGUCUUUGUGAUUCGAUUUUCUUGCUUGAAUAUUCUUUUGUGUUCGCAUUUGACAUCAAAUGUUUAUCAUCUGAUGGUUGCUAAGAUGUUCGAAA